AUGCGGGUCGGGGCAAUAGCAGGAAGACCUCAGGACAGUGGCAUGGACCGCGUGCCGCAUCGCUACGUGCCGAAGGGGCGGCACAACGGCGGGGUGUGGGUAGGUGCAGCCACAGGGACGGCCUCACACGGAGGCAGGGUCUACGUGUCGUGGCACUACGAUCUGAAGGGGGGGGGGGCACAACGACAACAUGCUAAUCGGGGCAGCCGCACGGACAACCACGAGACAGUCUUCACGCUGUGGCCCGACAUGGAGACACUUCGGCAGCCCGAUGCUCAAUCGGUGGAGGGGCGUGUUAUACUCGGGACAGUCUUCACGGGACUUACGGAGGCGCGUGCAACCGACGUGCCAAAUCAAACGCACGACGUUGAUGAGGCGGAUCAUGGGCAAAUUGGGCGCCCGCCGCCGGUGAAUCGCUGCUGCUACUGCUACCGCUACCGGAGAAGCCAGUUUACGUACGGUCAAGACAGGGAGACAGGGGAGGCCAUCGCCAUGGAUUGCUUCCGCCGCGCGUACGGGCUGGCCGUGGCCAACACCUUCUGCGUCGGCGGCACGGCCAUGCUGGUCUACGCGGCCGUCAGCAUGGCGCGGAAGCCCCACCGCAGCAAGGGCUCCAUCGUCCUCCUCUCCGUCGUCCUCCUCUUCUGGGCCACAGUCGUCGCCUGCGUGUACAGGGCCUUGUGCGGCAUCCUCCUCCCGUGGUCCACGCUGCGCCGGUGCCUGGCCUCCGUCCCGCGACACCUCCGCCUCCGUGCCGCGGGCUCCAGGGCACGGCGCCGAGGCGGCGGCGGCGGCAGCGCUCUGCCGCAGCUUCUGGACGGAAAUAUACAGAGCCUGCACAUGCCCGUGCUGGCCCGGGAGCCGCCGGUGCAUGGCGGCGCGCGGGCGGCGACGGCGUACGACAUCCUGACGUACGAGCAGCCGGAGGGCGGCAGCGGCGCGUCGGAGUGCGCGGUGUGCCUCGAGGAGGUGGGGAAGGGGGACGCGGUGAAGCGGCUGCCGGCGUGCCUGCACAUGUUCCACCGGCAGUGCAUCGACCCGUGGCUGCACCAGCACGCGACGUGCCCGGUCUGCCGGUGCAUUGUCUUGGCGCCGUUGCCGUUGCCGUGUCCGGCCCAAAUGGUAUGAGUGGCGACGACAGCUGAGCGCACAACUCAAACCAUUCCUGGCGUCGU